AUGGCGCCCGCCGAGCCGACCGCAUUGGAGAGCCUACCUGUGCGGCCACCAACUCCUCCCCGCGAAGCCGACAAGUACGUCGACGAGGCCCUGCACUUCCUGUCCGACAGCUUCGAGGUAGAGGAAGCCAUCAGCGAUGCUCCUGUCUCUGCCGACCCCGCCUAUGUCAACACUCCGCCCCAGCAGUCGCCAGCAUCUUCCGCCGACCGGCCCAAUGAUUCCGCACGACGCAAAAAGGUCGACUUCUCACCCUGGACCGCCUACCACGGCGCCAAUGACAUUGCAACUUCGCGCCGCGGUCUUCCCGGUUCUCCUCUCCGGCCUCUGCCCCAGCCGCGGGAUCCCAGGACCUUGAAGAGCAUUUUGAAGGCUCACGACCCUCCGCCUACCCAACCUUCAACACCAACCUCGGGACAUCCCGCAAGCACUUCGAGUGGAUUCGCAACAAUGAUGGAGACAUUGGUCAAGCAGCUUGCUGGACAGUCCCGGCUCCACAGAAUCGAUGCGUAUAUGGCACUGGUCACCACUCUAAAAACGUAUGACGGCAAGCCAGAUGCGAAAACGCUCGCCGACAAGAUGGGACUCUUGGCGCAGUUCAUGCAACGCGACAUGACUGCUACAAAUACCCAGACCGGUGGCUUGGAUGUCCAGCUUUCUCUCCAAGCGAUAAAGCUUCUUGUGGCUCUCAUGGAAGCUGGGCCAGUUGCAGAGCGCAUCCCGGAUACAUUUCGCACUUUCUUCCUCGAGAAAGCCAUUGAGACCUUUGGUGACGCAACUUCUCCGAAGCAAUGGGUGAACCACAUCCUUCAUGCCUUUUCCCAGCAACAAUUUGGAAAGAGCAUGAAUGUGGACCGCGCAAACCGUGCUGUCACUGCGUUGAAGGAUAUCGAAGAUCGUGUUUCAGGCAACAACGUCGUCAUCUGCAGGAUGAUGGCCUACCGGACUCUGUUGGUUCAGCAGAAGCUUGUCAUGAUUGACAGGGCCUCGGACUGGAUCCAGCACGUUUUCCACGGAUUGCUGAGCAGCAACAAGGACAUUCGCAUGCGGGCCGUCGAGCUGGCGACUGUGACAGGUAUCUCCGUUGGCAAGGAAGACGAAAAAUCAAAGGUUCCUCGCAUUACAAUGGACAUAUUAGCAAAACCCAUCGAUGACGGUCGGACCUAUGGAGACUACUUUACCGAUCGACUCCUGGAAAUGCUCUCCAACGCCGAGACAGCGCAACACGUGCCGCAUAUAUGGGCAUCUGUAGUCCUGCUUUUGAAAAACCGGGCGCACAAGUUUGAGGCCUGGAAGCUGCUCAAGAAGUGGCUGCAAGUCUUCCAGAAGUGUGUCAAUUCCAGCAAUAGGGAGGUUGCCAUCCAGGCCAAUGGAGCAUGGAAUCGGUUUGUUUACGCAGUACGACCAACCCAGCACACCUCAUUGCCCUUCAGAAGUCUUCUCCGACAAGCUCUAGUGGCCCAGUUUGAAAGAAAAGGCAACGACAAGGACGCACAGCGGUUGAAGAGAUCUGCAUUUUCGAGCUACUGCAAUCUACUGUACUACUCUCUCUCUCCAACUGCACCCACUGAGCAACUAGACCUCUACUGGCAAGAGUUUGUUGUCGAGGUGCUCCCAACAAUGGUCAAGAGGGACCGAAGGGGUGCUGUCAUGGCCUGCAAGGUUCUAGCGGCGCUUUUCAAGCGGAAUCGAACCAAACUGUGGCGGGAAAACCUGGCUGUCGAAUCCGUGACCAUCACACUCGACAACAUCAUCGCUCUGAAUCCCAGAUGGACACGCCAAAAGCUGGGCAACGUUCUACAACCUUUUGAACUUUGUUUUGCGUCGACCCCCUGGACAUGCAAUUCUCCUUCCGAAGAGAUCGCAUCGGAGUCUCCAGUCAAGACUAUGUGGACAUCCCUCAUGGCUACAGUGGCAGAAGCAGGCAGUAAGGAAGUUACAGCGUCUAUGGAUUUCAAAGAGGCUUGCGCACACAUCCUGAACCUCCUCCACCGCCUCUGGACGAACCAUCCUAAGUCACUAUGUCAAGAUGAUGGCUCUGGUCAGAGUUGGAUAGAUAAAUUCUCCUUCGUUGUUCUUACCGCGGUGGACCAGCUGGGACCCGGCUCUUUUGCGGAUCCUAUAUUGUCGCGUAACCCUGCCGGGGAUUUCGAAGUUGCACCAACGCCCUCACAUAGAUCACACUCUCGCGGUUCCCUGCAGUCCCCCUUGCUACACCUCCUUCACCUCUUUACGAACGACGGCCCUACGGAAAUCGACACUUCUGCUCGUCUGCAACUUUCAGGGCAGCUCCUCGAGCUCUGUUGCCAGGCAAAGCCAUCACGCAAGUCUAAACUCGAGCUUCUUCGAAAUUAUGUACAGGUUUCAACUGCAUCUGAUGAUGAACUGUUCAAGUCGGGGAUCUGGCGCCAUUGUGCCCAGCUCACCCGGCUGUGUUUACGGAACUCUGGAAUUCCCACAGCCACUGACCGUGCUUCCCAAUCGCUCGGUGAAGAGUACCAUUCCGUCCUGGAUAUUCUCGCGGGUGGCUUGAGAUAUGGCGCAGAGGAUGACCUCGAGGUUGCUAGUGCGCUCUACGCAGCAUUCGUCUCCACGAUUCAACACGAGGUGAACGAUGACGUCGGUACGGCCGCUGUUGCGCUCGCCAUCACUGAGCCACUGGCUGAACGACUGGAAUCGCCCCCCUUCAGUUCCAAUGGCGAUGCUGUGAUACAAUAUUCAGCCUUACUUCUCCGACAUACGGCACACCCCAGGCAUCGUAAGACGGUAGAACAAGCACGUAGGACUCUAUGGGGUGUGAGCACGGGUCCCCAAAAGCCAUCGGAAUUCGAUCCGUUCAACCAUCUUUAUAGAAUGAUUGUUUCACGGUUACAUCGGUCCUACGAGGCUCUGGAAAACCUCAAGGGUGACCUUGUCAUUGAGUUCUCCGCUGAAGUGGGUGCUCUUUUCCAACGGUGGCCAAUCUCAUUCGCAGCUGUGCUACUACGGAAGAUUCAGGACGGGAUUGCUGUAUGGAUUAGAGAUCACGAGCGGAAGUUGUCAGGUGACACAGACGAAGCAAAGGGGGGCCGGGAAGCGGUAUACUCUCUCUGGAACACUGUCAUGUCUGCUAUGGAAGCAUUGCCGCGGCAUGAUACCAGGCUCCUCAAGGCCUUGGCGGCUCUGAUUACAGCUGGAUUGCGAAGUGAGCGGCAGCGCAUUGUGAACAGGACUGUUGAGAUGUGGAACAGAAGUUUCGGGUCGCAAACAGAAUUGCAAUACCCGGCUGAUGUCGAAAAAGGCUUGCGUAGAUUGCGGCCUAUCGUGGAGCUCGGGCUGCCUGGGUUCCCGGAUCCCCCAAGCGACGAGGAACCUGAGCCUCUACCAACGUUCGAGCAAUCACAAGAAGAUACUGUCGCGGGACCUGUGAUGUUUGAAAGCCAUGGGCCUUCUUUAGUCCGUCGACUCAAACAUGGCGCAAUCGAGUCGCCUGCUCAAUCAGAUCCAAUGCCAAGUAGACGGGUGCGAGCCUCUUCAGCAUCGAACUCAACAGCAAUGGCAAAGCUGCGCCACGAUGACUCUCAAAUCGACUUUGCGCCGAUCGAAUCUUCUCUGGGCGGAGACUCAAUGGACUCUCAGCUUUUGACUGAUCACCAGAGAGAAGUCAGAGAGAGACAGCAUGACACCGCUGCCAUGUUCCCUGACAUCAGCUCUAGCCCUCCCAGGCCACUGAAGAACAAAGGCUCAGCGCUUCCCGUAUACGGCAAACCUGGACAAAGCUACAGUGUUUGUGAAGAUGCAGAGCCAAGGUCCACUCCCCUCCUCAGUCUCCGGGAAUACGCAGGACAGCAAGAAGUUCCUAGCUCAUCUCCAACGCCCAGACCGCGAAGACAAGGGCAUACUGAGGACAUCUCUGAGGCUCCCUAUCUGACAUCGUCGACCGCGGAGCAUCUCUUCGAUACAAUCAUGCCAUCGUCACCGCCCUGCGUUGACGAUAUGAACGACCUGCUUGCCGACCCCAGCGUCAUCAAAGACAGCUUCGUAGUGCAAGACCGCAGCGAUGAGGGCGUUAUUGGGCAGAGCUUUGGCGAUAUGGAGGAGCUCGACGAGGACGUAGUCGCUCAGCUUGUAGGUGAUGUAUCAAAUCUGUCCGACACCCGUCUGGGCAACGAGCAGCAGCCUUCCUUCCCAUCUCCGACCUCCGAUGAUGGGAGUGAACCAGAGCUAUCAAGCUCUGAUAUCGACGAGGAGGUAUCUCAGCAGCUUGAGAACGAGGUGAUUGCUCAAGCACUCCGCCAAAGCCGUACAUUCUCUGCCACGAAGGACCAGACCUUACCGGACGACUCAACAAUUGACGAAGGUCAGUCAGCACUACAGAGUGCAGAACUGUCUGUUGACGAGCUUCGUGAUAUGCCUGAGGGUGAGGAGGGGGUCAGUUCGUUCGAUGACAUGGCGGCGGAUCUCCCGCAAGGAACUGCUGGCUCAUUUUCGCAAGCGACGCGCAACAAAGCCAACGUUUAUGAGGCACAAGAUGUACUUUCUGCUACCGAGAAAGAUACCUCGUCUAUUGACCUCCCCAUCCGAGCCUCUCCAGGCAAAACCAGGUCGUUGCCUCUGUCGGUCCCAUCCAGAGCUUCUGUUGAUGAUGCCAUUGUCGAAGACACAUUUGCCGCUAUGGGUCCAGAAAAGGGCCUGCCUAACGGAGUGAAGGACUCGCCGCAGCCCAAGCAGCAAACUCCAAAUUUGUCCGGAAAAUCGAACAAGAAGCAAUCAGGCUCUCAUCAGAAGCGGAAGUCCCUAACUACAAUUGACAAUGUCAAGGCUAAGAAGCGUUCAAAGAAAGACGAUCGUUCAUCCUCUAAGCUGACGCAGAAUGGCAACAACCGCGCUGCAAUCGACUCAGAUAGCGAUGAGAGUGUCUUCAGCAACAUCCAGGCGAAUGGCUUCAGCAUGGACAAGCAAAUGGACGAAAACACAUCGAGCUCUCCAAAAGAAGUUGAUGAUGAUCCAGCGUCAGAUGAGAUUUCACAAUCAAGGAGCAGGAAAUGUGCUAAACCCACAGAACGGACAUCACCCUUUCUAAGGGCUUCCCCGAGAUUGUCAGGAGUAGUAUCCGAACCGGCUCCCGCAUCAUCACGCACAAGAAAGUCAAGACUAUCCCAGCCGCAAGCGACGGAGCCGGAUGUGGACGAGACCCAAGACGUGACCGAUAUGGUUGGAGAAACACCAGCACGCAAGAGGAGAAAGGGCCGGGCGUCUAGAAACUCGAGUGUUCAGAAGUCGAAGCAAGCAUCGAACCCACCAUCACCUGCUGUAGGGAGCCAUGGUGGGAAUGCUGCUGGAAGCAACCACUCUUCGCCGCGCACAAGCUUCGCUCAAGCAGAGGAGACGAAAGCGGACAUUCGAACACGUGGAAGGAGACGCAGCGGCCAAGUGGGUGGCAGUCAGGCAAAGGGCGAGGUCGCAACACAGCAGAAAAAGAGAAAGAGAUCAUACGAUGGAAAGCAAGGUGCAGGUAGCACAGCAGGGCCUGAAACGCAUGCAGGCGUGCAGGCGGCAGAGGGGGCAAGCCAAGGUUCUACAGCGGGCAGUGGCCACGAGGGCGAGAUGUCACAGAGGCCAAAGGCACAGCCGCAGAGCAUAAUCCAGCGGUUCAAGCGGCUGCUGGCGGACUGCAAAAAGGUCGUGUUGCGUCAGGACGACGUGGCAGAAAUCGACAAAAUCAUGCUCGAGGUCAAACGCGAGGUGAAUGCGGCGGCUCAACGGGGAGAUGAGCAGUCGGGGAGAUAA